GCUGAAAGACAAAGAAAAAUGGCGAAUAGUUUGCUGGGGGGUGGAGGGACAGCUGUUCGGGCUUUCACUGGAGUGGACAUUCCAGACUCAGGUUUCUGCAUCUCCUGCUGCCUUUUGUUUCCUCCGUCCUUUUGGGGGGGAGGGAUAGGAGUGACUUAAAUUCUCCCAGUCCGAGGAGAUAUAAAUAACUACAUGUAAAAUUAAUGCAGUUCCCGUUGUAGAAAUGUCCACAGAAGGAGGAUUUGGUGGUACUAGUGGCAGCGAUGCCCAGCAAAGCCUGCAGUCCUUCUGGCCUCGUGUCAUGGAAGAAAUCCGGAAUUUAACAGUGAAAGAUUUCCGAGUGCAGGAACUCCCACUGGCUCGUAUCAAGAAGAUUAUGAAGCUGGAUGAAGAUGUGAAGAUGAUCAGUGCAGAAGCCCCUGUGCUCUUUGCCAAGGCAGCCCAGAUCUUUAUCACGGAGUUGACUCUUCGAGCCUGGAUCCACACGGAGGACAACAAGCGCCGGACUCUACAGCGAAAUGAUAUUGCCAUGGCAAUUACCAAAUUUGAUCAGUUUGACUUUCUCAUCGAUAUUGUUCCAAGAGAUGAACUGAAACCUCCAAAGCGUCAGGAGGAGGUGCGCCAGUCUGUGACGCCUGCCGAGCCCGUCCAGUACUACUUCACGCUGGCUCAGCAGCCCACAGCCGUCCAGGUCCAGGGGCAGCAGCAAGGCCAGCAGACCACCAGCUCCACGACCACCAUCCAGCCUGGGCAGAUCAUCAUCGCGCAGCCUCAGCAGGGCCAGACCACACCUGUGACGAUGCAGGUUGGAGAAGGUCAGCAGGUGCAGAUUGUUCAGGCCCAGCCACAGAGUCAAGCUCAGCAGGCUCAGAGUGGCACCGGACAGACCAUGCAGGUGAUGCAACAGAUCAUCACCAACACAGGAGAGAUCCAGCAGAUCCCGGUACAGCUGAAUGCCGGCCAGCUGCAGUAUAUCCGCUUAGCCCAGCCUGUGUCUGGCACCCAGGUUGUACAGGGACAGAUCCAGACACUUGCCACCAACGCCCAGCAGAUCACACAGACAGAGGUCCAGCAAGGACAACAGCAGUUCAGCCAGUUCACAGAUGGACAGCAGCUCUACCAGAUCCAGCAAGUCACCAUGCCCGCGGGCCAGGACCUCGCCCAGCCCAUGUUCAUCCAGUCAGCCAGCCAGCCUGCCGACGGGCAGGCCCCCCAGGUGACCGGCGACUGAGGGCCUCAGCUGACAAAGCCGAGGACACCCGACACGAUUCUGGCCAUACAGCCCCAGGCCAUGGGCACAGCCUCCCUCCCCAGAGGACCGGCAGACCUCAGCGCCUCCUGCAGGCUGGGACACUGGUGCACUGCGCCCCACGGCUGGGGCCGAAUUCUCCAGCAGAAAGAUGCAAUAUUUUUUAUUUCCUCUUUUGCCAUUGUUUUCUCCAAGGAAUCAAUAUUUCAUUAUGUUGAGCUGUGUGUCCGAUGCUAUGAAAUGAAAAUAUUAAAUAACAUAUUUAUGGCAUUUUCUUGAAGAGUGUGGUUGAAGAAAUAUUUCUCUUUUUGUUUUCUUUCUUUUCUUUUUUUUUUCUUUUUCUUUUUUUUUUUUUUUUUUUUUUUUUUGUUCUUAUUGCCACUUCUCUCUAGGAGCAGAUCUUCCCAGGGGUGGCAGCAUUUCCUCACUCUUGGAACAGCCGCUGCCCCUCAGAUUUGCCACCUGCUUGCCCUCGGAUUGAAUUAGGUGGACACAUGUAGCAUCUCUGGUCGGUGUUCCUCUGCCCUUGCCCCUGUUCUUGCCCCAGGCUCUGUGUGUUCACGUCCGGAGCCGUGCAGGCAGUGCCUGCAUUUAGGAGGUGAACUCGUUCCCCAUGGAGAGUGGGUGGUGUCAUUCCCACACACCCCUCUGGUGGGGACCCAUGGAGACGAACUCUGUGCUUUUGCUGCCUCCCCCUUUAUUUUAUGUUUUACUUGCAUUCAAAAUUGUGCUAGUCUCCUUUGCAUGGACUUCAAACUGCAUGAAAUGCAAUAAA